CGUAUUUCCACUCUAUUAUUCGAUUAAAAGUUCGGCUUUCGGGUCUGCCCAUGCGCAAUCUGCCCGUCGUGUUGCAGCGCCAGUAAUGUUAAAACGCCAAACCCCCUAGAGCUGGCGGUCAAUUCAUCAUACUUGAAGUGACGGAACCAUUCUGGACUAGCGCUUGCCAUAAAGCGUUAAUGCUCUGUAGGGCGUGAAGCGGACUUUUUUCUUCCUCUUUUGCAACAUAAUUAAGAAACGUAAAGGAGGGCGAUAAGUAAGAAUCUGAGAAGAUGACAGCAAUUUAUAUCUCUAGAAAUGUUAAAUCUGAAAGUGCACCUACGUUACUGUCUUAGUUAUGCAUCAACAUUCAAAUAUAAAUGUGGGACUAAUUGCAAGCGUCGACGUUCACCUUGUAACGGACCAAUGGGAAGGAUGCAAGCAGCAGUGUGGAUCCUGCUUGUACUGAUUGAGGAGGGCUUCACAGCGGCGGCACAGAAAACCAAAGAUGCAGCAGACGCAGCAUCCCAAGGCGUUAAGCCCACCCUUCAACCUCGGCUCCCCCGUAACUGUGGAAGCUGGGUGAGAGACACGGAGGGCGGGGUCUUUAGCUCUCCAAACUACCCCAAAACAUACCCACCCAACAAGGAGUGCAUCUACAUACUGGAAGCGUUACCGCGGCAGCGGAUAGAGCUGCACUUCAACCGGAGCUUCUACAUGGAGACGUCGUUCGAGUGCCGCUUCGACCACAUCGAGGUGCGGGACGGCCCCUUCAGCUUCUCCCCCCUCAUCGACCGCUUCUGCGGCACGGCCACCCCGGGCCUGGUGGUCUCCAGCGGCCGCUUUGUGUGGGUGCGCUUCUACAGCGACGACGAGCUGGAGGGCCAGGGCUUCCAGGUCCAGUACCACUUCACCACAGACCCUGAGUUUUAUCUGCACCUUGGAGGAAUCCUUAACCCCAUCCCAGACUGCCAGUUUGAGCUGAGCGGGGCGGAUGGGCUGAUCCGCUCCAGUCAGGUGGAAGACGAGAACAAGGUGAAAGGGGACCAGGCCGUGGACUGUAUCUGGACCAUCCGAGCGCCCGUCAACCACAGGAUCUACCUGCGGUUUCUAGAUUAUCAAAUGGAGAAUUCGAAUGAAUGUAAGAAGAACUUUGUGGCCGUGUAUGACGGCAGCAACGCCAUUGAAGACCUGAAGGCUAAGUUCUGUAGCACGGUGGCUAACGACGUCAUGCUAGACACGGGGCUCGGCGUUAUUCGGAUGUGGGCCGAUGAGUCGAGUCGCCUCAGUCGCUUCCGCAUGCUGUUCACCGUGUUUGAGGACCCCCCAUGCCAGGGCAGUUCAUUCUUCUGCCAUAGCAACAUGUGCAUCAACUCCUCCCUGGUGUGCAAUGGCAUCCAGAACUGUGUCUUCCCAUGGGACGAAGGCAGCUGUAAAGAAAAGAAGAGCAAAGGUCUGUUCCACCACAUCACCAAGACCCACGGGACGUUGAUCGGCGUGUCCACCGGCCUGGUGCUGCUGCUCCUUGUCAUCUCUAUCUUGGUGCAGGUCAAGCAGCCGCGCAAAAAGGUGCUGCUGCGUAAAAAUAACUUGUUCAACCGGCCUGAGUUCCAUGAAGUGUUUGACCCUCCCCAUUACGAGCUUUUCACUCUCAGGGACAAGGACACGUCUGGGGAUCUGGGGGAGCUCUCUGAGGAGAUGCAGUCGCUGAACGCCCUCCGCCGCUCGUCCUCCGAGCGCAACCGCUGCGUCCACGAGCACCACUGCGGCUCCCAGGCCUCCGUCAGCUACGUGAUACCCGGUCGGGGCGCGCCCCCCCUGCUCACCGGCUCCGUCCACUUUCCCCCGUUCGGGGGGGUCUUCCAGAACGACUUCCAGGCCUCCCAGCAGGGCACCAGCCGGAGCCUGAGGAAGAAGAGCUGGCCCAGCAUGAAGCCCGGCCGGGCGGAGCUGCGGCACUCCAUGACGGAGAGGGGACAGGGGCACCCCGCGGCUGGGGACGCCAUGCUGAGGAGGGUGGAGAGGGGGAUGGAGGAGGAGCUGGAGGAGGAGGAGGAGGAGGAGGAGGAGGAGGAGAACGGGAGGUAUGACGUGUAUGUGCGCCGAGCCGGAGGCAGAAGGGUGAACUGUGAAAUGGCCCAGCAGAGGUCCCUGUCGAUGGACUUCUGAGGCGCGGGGGGUGCGUGGAUGGGUGGUGGGGUGUGAUCUCUUCUUGUUUGGAUGGGGGCCUGUUUGAGAGGAGACGGAGAGGAAGCAUUGAGGAUCUCAAUCAACUUUUGUAUUUGAAUGUGUAAGAGAAUUGCAGGUAAUGAAUAACCCCCUUCUCUCACUUUGUUGACACUUUUUACGUUUGGUCUUGGCCACCUUAUUUAAAAUGUUAUAGGUUCUUGUCAUGUAAAAAAGCUUUCGUUGGACAAUAAACCAUGCUUUCCUA